AUCUCUGCCGGGAACCACGGCAGCUGAAUGUGAGUCGAACCUGAAGAAAAUCUACACCGUGGAAACUGUCCAGAACUUUUGGAGAGUUUACAACAACAUACCCAGUGUCUCCAGCUUACCUCUGAGGUGCAGCUAUCAUCUGAUGAGGGGAGAAAGGAAGCCUCUGUGGGAAGAAGAGAGCAAUGCUAAAGGCGGUGUUUGGAAAAUGAAAGUGCCCAAAGAGUGCACUUCUUCUGUGUGGAAAGAGCUGCUGCUGGCUACAAUUGGAGAACAGUUCAGUGAUUAUUGUGCCUCAGAGGAUGAGGUCGUCGGGGUCAGCGUCAGUGUCAGAGACAGAGAGGAUGUCGUUCAGGUUUGGAAUGGGAACGCUUCCUGUGCCAACGAGUCAAAUGUCUUAGGAAAGAUCUAUGAGCUUCUCCCACAGACGCCUUUUAAAGCUGUGUUUUAUAAACCUCAUGAGGAGCACCAUGCUUUCGAAGGCGGUCGGAGCAGACACUAAUUCUGCACAUCGGACGUUUUCAUACGAUAUUCUUUGCAGUUAGUAUUUGUACCAUAAUACUUGGGCAGACAACAGUUGAGUUGAGCUGUUGAUCUUAAUUACGUCAAUCAGUCCCACGUUUUGUGACUCGGUGAUGGUGAAUGUUUUCAAAGAACCACUGACAUCCCUAAAAACCAAAAAUUUGUUAUUGUUAAAAAAACAAAAGUUAUUUUAGUUUUUAUUUUUAAUGUUUUUUUAAAUACUGUGAUAUUUUAUAGAAUUAAAAAGCUAAUUAGAUGCACUCUUAACAUUUGUUCAGAUUACUGAGCACAGAUCUCCUAAUGUACUGUUGGUUAUUGGUUUAAAGUUACAGAGCUCCGUAAUCAAAAUAAUUAUAAAAAAAAUAAUAAUACAUUAUGAUUCUGGUAAGCAGAUUUUUGUGUUUGUGUAAAUUAGUCUUUGGAUAAUGACUAACUCUUUAGUAGGCAGAAAGUUUCGUGUUUUUUGCAGAAUAUUGCACAUCCUUUCUUGUUAUGUGUGAAAGGAGAAUUUUCUUUUUACAGUAAAAUAACCUCAAUGCACACAACACCUUGAUUAUAAGAAAUACAUGCAAUCAUUUCUGUUCUUUAUCUGUACAGGUUUGGUAGUUCUGCUGUGCUGUUGACAUCAUGUUGUUUAUGCUUUUGCCUUAAAUCAAGCAUUUUGCUUGUGUGUCUUUUUUCGUAAGACAUCUGAUAGUGCCACUAGAACUGUAUGAAGUUGUGAAACUUGAGACAAAGUGCACUUUGGCUUUGUCACCUUUUCAUGAGGUGUCAAUUUAUUUUCUGUUUUCUUGUUUUACUUUUCUUUUCCUUUGGUAAGAGCUACAACUUCUAUGUGUUCAUAUUGUCCGUCCGGUUAGGGGUGAACUUCUGCCAUUGUUUACUGAAAUGUUAACAGUUUGUAACGUUGUGUCUGACUUUCAUCGAGAAACUACAUUUUCUUAUUGUAUACCGAUAACUGUGCCAGACUUAAUUUGCCAACUGUAAUUUGGUUGUUUAUUUGUUGGGGGGGGGUUUGCACAGUGAAGUAUAAAAAAAUACUGUUUCCCUGCAUCAUUUUUUUUUCUUCUGAUGGCUCAUUUCAAAUUUGAAAUCUUGCAACAGAUUGUUGACCUUGGAUGGUGCCUUGCGUUCUAUCAUUGGCGACAGUGUUAAAGUCCUCUUUGUUCUGCAUGUUGAAACUGUGUACAUAGUUGUUUUUGUUGGGUUUUUUUACAUGUUARAAAUUGAAAAAUAAAGAAUUCUUUUUAAAGAUAUUCUUCAGAAAUUGUUUACCUAUAAGUUGAUGAUGAAUAAUCUGAAAUUUUAGGCUUGAUGGUGUUUUUCUCGAAAUCGGGAUUUAAUUUUCUGGAAAACUAUUUUACAUGAUUAUUGAUAAAUCCAAUACACUUCUUAAUAAACUACUAAGCUGAUAGUUACUUUAUUAAUACAUGUCAUUACACCAGAAAAACACUCAAGUGUUGUAUUCAAUAUACAGUUUUCAGCUUUGCUUCUAAUGAAAGAGCAGCUAGAGUGAGAAUGUCUCCCUCUUGUGUUUGCACAAGUGUACAUAUCUUAGGUUUAAUCAUGGAUGGAAUUCAAUACAAAGUCUAGUCAAUAUUUGACUUGUUUAAUGCAAAUCUGCAGUUUUUCAUAGUGGCCAUCUUUAUGUGCUGACUAACUACUUCUGCAAGAUGGCCAGCAUCUAAAAAGAAAAUCACUGUCAGACUGGAUCAUUGUUUGAAUUAGACUAUAAAAUGAGAUGAAAUCUUAAUACUGAGGGUUUAUUGUCAGGAGAUAAGUAAAAAUGUAUGAGCUUUUGAUCUCAUGAAACAUCAGUGCUGCUCUAACACUGUUUUUAAAAUAGUUAACCAGCAUGACAUAUUUUAUAAAAAUGUAGUUAAGAAGUUUUUUUUAACUAAACAUGUAGGUAGGAAGUUAAAGUGAUUUUCCAAGUUUUCCAUUGCUGAAAUUCUUGUAACAAACAACUACAGUUUAAACAAACAUGACAUCACAAAAAUGCUAAUAAUAAAAUACCUUAUUGUGUUUUUGGAAA